ACAUUCUAGUGCAACCCUUUAGUGAAGUAAUUUGAAAUCCGGCAGGAAAGCAAAUUUGUAGUGUUUUCUUGUUUUUUUAUGACUAUAUUAGUCUUAAAAUACCUAAAAGUGAUUUUAAAUGAUUGUUAACUAAAGUUCCUCAUAAUUAAAGAGCUAUUUUUUACGCCCAAUUUGUUAUUUAUCAUGGAGGGUGAUAAACAAUAUGUUCAUCCAAAUAAGACGAAAGCGUUACUCUCAUGGUUAAGCAAUUUAUUGGAUGAAAAUAUUACUGACUUAAAAAGUUUAAAUGAUGGAAAGUCUCUAGAAAGUGUUGCGGCAUUAGCAGAUAAUGGUUUCGAGAAGACAGGAGAGAGCGACAAAAGAUUACGAAAUUUAGUGAAUUUUCUGUCAGAAAUGUAUGAAAAACCCCUUGAAAAGUGGCUAUUAAACAUAUACAAUGGUGAUGAAUUUGAUAUUGCAAAGAUGGCAUUACUCCUCCUUAGUUUGGGUAUUUCGAGUGGCAAUCAUCAAAUUUUCAAAGAUAGUAGUACAAAGAUGAACAAUGACAUUCAAUCUCAUAUCUGUCACAUGUUGUCACCCAUUCUUAAAGUUGAAGACUUUAAUGAAGAUUUUGGAAAAGUACUAUGCGAUCCUCAUUCUAGCUAUUCUCAAAAUGAUACUCAUCCGGUAUCUUCAUCCACACCCGUCCAAGAUAACAUCAGAGACUCUCCUGAGAAAAGUCGUACAUGUCCUCCCAUCGUUCGACGCUAUACAGUAUAUAGCACAAUUUCUGGUGGCUCACCUAGCCAGGAUAUUAAAACUAACGUCUCUACCUCCUACGGCGCCUCUAAUGGUCAAGUUUUUACUAACUCAGUCAGCAUAACAUCACCCGUUAAUCGUUUUAUGAAAAGUCCUCAAAUUGUUACCAAAUUGGAAUUGAAUGAGAAAGAGUAUGAAAUAAGGAAGCUAAAGAGACGAUUAACGGAAGCGUUAGAUAGAACGUACGAUCUUGAGUUAGAUACAGAACGAGAUGCCGCUCUAAUCAAACAAAAAGAUACACUUCUUUCUUCUAUGCAAAUGGAAAUAGAAAUGCUAAAGAACAAACUUUUCUUUGCCGAAGAGCAAAUAAUAGAAUAUCAAGCAAAUGAGAAACAAUCUACUAAACAACACAUCAACAGGGCUAGUGAAGCUGAAACUAAAUGUCAAGAGUUAACGGUUCAAUUGAAUGCGUCGAUUAGAAAAAAUAAUCAACUUAAUGAAGAGAAUGAUGAUCUACUUAAACAAUUAGAAGAAGCACGAAAAAUAUUUAAAAUUACGGAAAAUAACACGCCGAACUAUUCUAAAAACGAAAUAAACUCUCUAACGCCUAAAAAAAGACUAAAUAACGAUUCUACAAUAUAUGAGGAAGAGAAAAUUACAUUACUGAAACAAAUAGAUAUUCAACAAAGAGAAAUUGAAUAUCAAAAAGAGCAAAUCAAUGAAUUAAGAGUUAAAAUGGAUUCAUCCGACUUUUUCUAUUCGCGACAGCAUAGUGACAACUCUGGUGAAAAUUUAGGAGAUGUUAUAGUCCAUAGAGAUCUUCUUGAGAAAAUCAACGAGCUAGAGGACGAAAGAGAUGAACUCAAUCGACUUAUUAAUAAUAAGGAGAUAGAAUACAAAAGGAUAAAAACAAUAUACGAAGAUUAUACAGAACAAUUGGAACUACUGGAGAAAGAUUACAGUCAGAUUUUUAGCCAGAAAGAGGCAUUGAAGUUAACUAUUGCUGGUUGUAAUGAUACCAUUGAUAGAUUAAACAAUGCUUUAGAAGAAGAGCAAAAGAAGUCAAGUGGUUUUGAGGAUACCAUUGAAAGCAUGAAUAUUGUUUUGGAGCAUAAUAAAAACACUUUAGAGGAAAAGUCAUUGCAAAUUCAAGAAAUGGAAAUGGAUUUUUCAACGACUAUCGGUGUACUGGAAGAUAAAAAUUAUGAGUUAUGUAAAAAUAUCAGUACUCUCAACGAACAACUCAAAGUGAAAGAGUCCAAAGUCGAAGAACUGAAGGAUAGUCUUAAAACUGCUGAAGAAAAUCUAAGGAAAUCUAUCGAAGAAAUUCACCUAAAUCAAGUACAAAUGAAAGCUGAAAAGGAUAGCUUAUUAACCGAUAUAAACAAUAAAUCAAUUUGGAUUUUAGAAUUGCAGAAUACAGUUGAAGAUCAACAGAAAGCACUUGAUGAUUUAGAUAAAGAUAUUGAAACUUUUGAAAAAGAAAAAGCAGAAAUAUCAGAAAGUCUCCGAGCCACUUUAAUGGAGAAUGAAGAGCUUAAAAAGAAAAUAAGCAAUAUCGUGCAGACGUCUAACGCAGAAAAUGAGCUACUUGUUAAUAAAUUAAGAGAACAGGAGAGAACUAAAACUCAAACUAUAGGAAUAUUACAAAAUGAUAUAAAAGAAUUAAAAGUACAACUUGAAGCUUAUAAAGAUAAAGAUGAUAGUGCUAAUAGUGGAAAGAAUUCAGAUGACUCUGACUUAAAAGAGCAUGUUGAACAGUUGUCGAAUGAAAAUCAAGAUCUGAAAGUUGAUAUUCUCAAUUUGAAAAAGCUGAGAAAAGACUAUCAAAUAGAAAUCGAUGAACAUAAAAGAGAGAUUGAUUUCUUAUCAAAUUCAAAGUUUACUCUUUUAACCGAAUUAGAAGUGAUAAAAGAUGAAAAUAAAACGCUAAGAGAUGAUUUGGAUACUCAUCUGAAAGAUUGUAAUCAUAAGGAAGAGGUUUCUUUAUUGAAAAACGAUCAAGAUGGCGAUAAGGAAAAAGAAAUUGACAAUCUUAAUGAAAAUAUAACGGAGAAGGAUAAAUUGAUUGAAAAAUUAAAAACGGUGAUUGAUGAAAAAGACAAUAAACUUUUGGAAUAUCGUUCAAAGUUAAAAGAAUCUAAUACCCUACUCGAUAAAAAGCAAAAUGAAAUAAUAAAAAAGGAAAUGGAAUUCACGGACAUACAAAAGGUCUUUCUUUCUCUGAAAGAUCAUAAAGAUUUAUUUAAGGAGGAUGAACCUGUACAAAACCUUUUGAAAAGUGUCGAGGACACACUGGAAAGUAACUUACAAACGAUAAUUAAUAAUUUGAAUAACCAAUUAGAUGAAAAGGAAAUGAUUUUACAAAAUUUAAAAGUAAAAAUAUCGCAGAAAGAAGAAAGUUUAAAGAAAUUAGAAGAGGUUAUUGAAAGGCAAAAGAAAGAGAAUAUGAUAUCUAUGGAAGAAGUUGAAGAGGAUAUGGCUCAUCUUGUCGAUCGGCUAAAAGAAAAGAGUGAACUUGCUGUUAAAUUGGACAAUCAAUUGAAAUCUUCUAAAGAGGAGAUUUCGAAACAGAGUGCAACUUUAGAAUCAUUAACAAAGCGGUUAAAUGAUUUUCGUAUUUCGGACGAGGAGAAAGCAGCCAUUAUUGAUAAACUCAAAGAACAAUUGGACAUCAUACAAGAAGAUUUCGACGUAGAAAAAGAAAAGAGUAGCAAACAGGCAAAUACUAUUGAGAAUCUAAAGGAAGAAUUAAAAUUUAUUCAAGAAGAAUUUAAAACGAAAGAGGAUUCUUUAUCAAAUAUGCAAUUGUGUUUAAACGAGAUGAAUAGCCAUAGUAAAAAAUUGAACGAAGAGUAUACGAAAUUGGAUACUCUAGUGAAAGAGUUAAAUGAGAAAUUGGAAGAGAAAGAUAAGAGUAUAAAGAAUUUAAUCAACGAAAGAAAAACUAUUUUUGAUAAAUUAAAUACUGAUCAGAAUAGUUUGAAAAGUGAUAAUUCAGAAUUGGAGAGUUUAUUAAAAAAGGCCAAUUCGAAUAUGGAAAAUUAUGAAGGAAAUAUAAACAAUUUAGAGAAUAAGGUAAAAGAGAAUUUUGACGCUUAUCAACAGACAAUGAGAGAAUUGCAACAAUCAAAAAUUCAAGUGACCAGUUUAAAAGUUGAAAUAAUCGAACUAAAAGACGAAGCUGAAAUUAAAAGAAGUGAAUAUCAUAAAAAUAUAUCUAAUUUAGUUAAUAAGCUAAAAGAUUCGGAUAAAGAGAAAAAAGAUUUAUUUAAAGCAUUAGAUGAAUCAAAAAAGAAGAUAAAACAAUUAAUUAGGGAAUUAGAAACGAGCGAUAGAGUUGUAACAAAGUAUAAAGAUUAUUGCGAUAAUUUUAAAUCGAAGUUGGAGCAUUUAAAGAGUGAAAAUCUUGAAUUACAUAAAAAAGUUGAUAAAAUGAAUAGUUCAUUAAAUGAAAUGAAUAAGUAUAAGAAGAGUUUAGAAGAGAAUAAAGUUAUGAUAGAAACGAAAUGUGCCGAAAGAACCGAGGAAGCGUCAUCCUUAACUAGUGAAUUGAUUUCCAGAGCAAAUAUUAUUGGUGAUUUACACGCCGAUAUUAUGGAAAGAGAGUUGGCUAUUGAAAAAUUGAAUCAUCAAUUGAGCGAUGCUCACGCUGAAAUUAAUUAUUUAAAGGAAGGUAGUCAUCUAUCGGAUUCGGAAGGUUUGAAUAAAAAACGAAAAGAAGAUAUACUAAAACUUGAAUUGGAAAAGCUAAAGAAGAAACUUGAUGUAUUAUUAUCGAGAGAAUCAAGAUUAAAGAAUGAACUAGUUGAAAGUAAAGAGAAAUUAACGUCUAAAAUUGAUAGAUUAUUGAAAACGAAUAAUCAACAAACGACACUUUUAGAAAAAAGUUCUCAAACAGUUCAAAUCUAUAUGAACGAAAUUACUGAAAAGAAUAGAAUAAUCGAAAAAUUACAACUUGAUUUGGGUAAAGAAAAGAGAAAAGUUUUGGACGGUGAGGAACAAAAAGAAAGAGUUAAUAAAUCUGCGGAUAAUUAUCGAUUAGAAAUCAAAGGUUGGGGACCAAUAUUCCCUCCUCACGACGAACCAGAUCAAUUACAAUUUGGUGUUUUGGAGGAUGAGAAUUGUGAAGUGGCCGCCCAAGAAUCUCCACUUUUACAGGAAGAAGGUCAUCUUUUACCCUUGGUACCGCCGAACUUAUCUUAUACAGCACAUUUAUCAAAUACAAACUAUUCGGAAAAUGAUAACGAAACGAAUUUCACUGAUAAAGACGCCUCAACAAAUAGUCAAUCUAAUAGUUCAUCAAAUGAUCCAAACAUAUAUAAAUCUGCAGGAAAAGGAAAAAAAUCUCACAAAAGUCGUUUCCUAUCCACAACAAAAUUCCUUAAUAAUCAAUUAUCAACUCCUUUGCAAGGUGGUAUAAGACUACCAAGGAGGACAAGUUCAGCUGAUAAGGCAAAGGUCAAGAAUAAUAUGAACUUUGAGAUGCCUUUUACCCCGAAAAGGAAACGGAAUCGAACAAGCGAUACGGCAACCCCAAAAACUCCAAAGAGUGGAAGACCUAAGGCUAGUAAAUUUACUUACGAAAAAUUCAAAAAGAAAAAGCUAUUAAAAAAUACUAGCAAUCGGUGAUAUAAAAACUUCCCUUAACUUUAUGUAUAUACAUACAUACAUAUGUAAAUAUGCAAUGUCUACGUCAAAGCGUUUUGUUGUCAUUAUAAAGCAUAAUAUAAAAAAUAUUACAAAGGCGCAUACAUAAAUGCAAACUGACAAACAUACAUUACAAUUAAAUUGUUUUAAAAAGUACAAUUUUAGGUUUUUGCCGAUGGUUUAUAACUGUCAAACGAACAAAUAGAAUUCGAAUAAAAUGAGAAUAGUUAGUGAAAAGUCAUUAUUUAUUAUAUCAAUGUUCUUGGGCGUGAAUAGGGAAUACUUUAAGUUGCGUUCUCAUCGUUUACUUUUCCCUUUGCUGCUUAUUUUACGACAAUGAUGUAAAUUUAAGUCUACGUCAUAGAGUUAUCUGUAAAACUGGACUUACUUAAUCAUACUUUAUAUUAAUAAAAGAUGACUACUGAACCUGCAUAUCCCAACUAUUUUGAAUUCCUAUCUAUAAAUCUUGACUUACUGAUGUAAAUGCAUCCCCAUUGUAUAUAUGUUUGUAUCAAGCAUUAAAUAAUUAAUAAGAAUUAAUAUCGAAAUUUAUU